GUUAUUGGCUGUGAAGAAGAUCUCCGCAAACAUGCAUAGUGCUAGCAGUGUACACCGAACAUAACAAACUGCAAGGGCUCCGAUCUACUACAUCUUAGAGGCGAAUCAGCUAAUGUAUGCGCAUAAACAUCAUGGCUAUGGACAUCAUGCCAACGCUGAUCAUGGUCAUGCCUACGCUCACCCUAAACCUGCUCAUCAUGUGCAUCAUGAACAUGCAGAGCAUCAUGGUCACUACGAAGCUCACGGACACGGCCAUGGACACCAAGAACAUGACCACCAGGCACAUGGACAUCAUGGCCACGGACAUGGACAUGAGCAUCAUGAACACGCACACCAUGGAGCAGAACAUCACGGCCACGCUGAGCAUGGUUAUGCCAAACAUGGCCAUGGGGCCCAUGACCAUGAAUACGCGGCAGAACACCACAAACCUGAACACCAUGAUCAUUAUAAGUACGCACACUACGGACACAAGUCAAAAGGCCAUAUGGCACAUCAUGGACAUCAUGCCCAUAAGGAAGAUGGACAUGCACACCAUGGGCAUGAGCAUCAUGGACAUAAGGAACAUGGACAUGGGCACCAUGGGCAUGCGCAUCAUGGACACGAACAUCAUGGACCCGAACAUCAUGGACCCGAACAUCAUGGACCCGAACAUCAUGGACACGAAGCUCAUGGACAUGAGCAUCAUGGACAAGAACAUCAUGGGCACGCACAUCAUGGGCAUGAACAUCAUGGGCAUGCACAUCAUGGGCAUGCACAUCAUGGGCACGAACAUCAUGGGCAUGAAAAUCAUGGACAUGCACACCAUGGGCAUGAACAUGGACAUGCACAUCAUGGGCAUGAACACCAUGCACAUGAACAUCAUGCGCAUGGAGCACAUGCCCAUGAGCAUCAUGAACACGCUCAUCACGAGCAUGAGCAACACGGACAUGGGCAUCAUGGACAUGGGCAUCAUGGACAUGGGCAUCAUGGUCAUGGACACGAACAUCAUGGUCAUGAACAUCAUGAGCAUGGGCAUCAUGAAGCCGAGCAUCAUGCACACGAGCACCACAGCAAGCACAAAUCGGCUUACCACGGACACCAUGUUCCUCAUGGGCAUCAUGGUCACCCUAAGCCCCACUCGCACCACGGUUAUGGGCACCACGUAGCGCACCAUGGACAUUCCAAACCACACGCCUAUGGAUAUCACGUACCGUACCAUGCGUACAAGAUGGCAGGUCACGGACAUAAGCAGUUCCGAACAGCCGCCGUAAGCUACGCUCCAGCCCCUGCAGCGACGCCUUAUGCAGUACCCCAUCCUACAGCAGUGAGCUGUGGUGCCAAUCUUCUCGUGGGAUGCGCUCCCGAAGUAGCCCAUGUUCCUUGCGUUCCUGUCGCCAAGGGUUAUUGAACCAGUUAAUUUGAUUUUGUUUGAGAUUUUGUUCAAAUAGUAUGAAUAAAUUUGUUAAAAUUGU